CAUAUCUCUUCGACAAACAAACAGCUUCAACUCGUUUCAUCAAAUUGCAUAAAUCAGGACUAGGGUUUCAUUUAAUAAAUCAAUCCCAAUCCGACAAAUAAAUUCUAUCAAUCACCUCGAAUCAGUAAAAUAAAUUGAAUUAAUCUCGCUAUCUAACACAAAUUCGAUGGGGAAGAGAAAGGAGCGCCGAGCAGCUGCGUCAGGUCGUAGGGUAAAACUUGAUCUCUUUGCGGAACCCUCUGGAGAUUUGGGUGGGCCUUCAGCUGGAGGUGAAGUUGAAAGAGAUGGCAAUUCCAAAACCCGUGCCGGAUCACCCAAUUCACCAUCUUCUUCAGGUCAACUGCCGGAGAACCCUUUGUCAUUGCUUGGACAAUAUAGUGAUUAUGAUUUGGAUGAUGAAUCAAGUGAAUUGGUUAAUAAUACCGUGGUUGAUACCCCUUUAACAGACUUCAAUAAUCAGCAGGCGAACGUAGCUGCUGAUAAAGAGAAUGAGCAAAAUACUGGAAUAAACUCAAGCACAAACCAUGAUUCUCCGGUCAUUGGACAACAUAACAUACAGAAUGGUAUUGCUUCAACAGAAAUCUUACACGAGCUGCAGGAAUCUAGUACUGCACAGGAUGAUGCUAGUGAUUCAGUUACUCUGCCUACAAACAAGGAGCAUGAAGAACAAGAUAUGUCUCUUAAUGUGGCUCAUGAUAUGCAAGUGAAUGGAGAUAUGUCUUCAGGAUGGAAAAUGGUGCUGCAUGAAGAGAGUAAUCAGUAUUACUAUUGGAAUACAUUAACAGGAGAAACGUCAUGGAAUAUACCUGAUGUUUUUGCUGAAAUGACAUCCGAAGUUAAAAAUAACAAUGAUGCCAAAGGAACAGAGAAUGCUGUUGUUGGAAUGCAUGAAUCAAAUUCAUCCCUAGGUGUAAACCCGGAAGUUCCUGCAGAUACGCAACCUGCUGUAGGCAUGGUUAACGAUGGAAAUUGCAAAAUCGAAGAAAUGCCUAAUCUCAGCAAACACUUGAAAGUGUCUUAUGAAGAUCCAAGUGCAAUGCCGAAAGACAGCUGUGCACUUCAUCAGGAAUCUUGCUCACCUGAGAAGUUGGAGUCUAAGUGUAGUGCUGCAGGUGCUUGUGCUGGGAAUAUGCAGAACUUAGUGGUUCCUGGUGAGCAUGAAUCAGGGACAGAUCUCUGUUCUCAUAUUUUAAGGCGGGGCGAAUUCUUGUUAGAACGAUUAAACACAUUAAAAGGAUCUAAAGGCCGCCUGAUAGGACAUGACAAAAUAUCAAAGUACACAGUGGAAGUUGAGACUAGAGUUUCUGAUAUCAAUUCACUAUCAAUGCAUGCUUCGUCUUUGCUUCCCUUCUGGUUGCAUUGUGAAAAAAAGUUCAAGCAAUUAGAAUCUGCCAUCAGUGAUGAAGUUCUCCAGUUUUAUGAAUCUGUGGAGGCCAAUGAAAAUAAUCUCGUGCCUUCCGAAGAGGCGAAUACUUCUCAUGAUACUAGUGUAGCUGAAGAAGUUCUGAAAGAGCGGCACAGUGAAACUGAGAAUAGUGUAGCUGUCAAGAACAAUCUUUUUACAUCGAUUGUGCAUGUCAAUUCUCCUUCUGACAGCAAUCCAGAAGGAAUAUGUGAAGUUCAUGAGGCUGCAGUACCUGGUGAGUUAGCUCCCAUGGCCAUGGUUCAUUCAGAGGAAGAUGUUGACAUGGAUGUAGAGAUGGAACUUGAAGAUGUCAUUCCUGCUAGUGCCUCAACUUAUUCCCCAUUGGAGCAGCAGCCAAUUUGGCCAAAUGCCCCGGCAGAACAUGUAGAUGCUGGUAUCCCCCCUCCACCAGAUGAUGAUUGGAUCCCCCCACCGCCUCCUGAUGAUGAAACAUUCCCACCUCCACCUCCUGAUGAUGAGCCUGUUCCUCCCCCACCACUAGAAGAGGUACCUGAAACCUCGUAUCCCGUUCCACUACCUGAUCCAAUGAUGGAACCAUCCUUUUCUUAUGCUGCACAGUAUAAUGUACCCUAUCCGGGCCCUAGUAUUGAAUAUUAUGGGCAGCCAAAUGCAGAAGUCCAGGAAAGUAAUUACUAUGGCACUGAUCCUAACCAAUUAAGUGUUCCCCUUCAAUCAUAUUACGAAACUGUCCCAAACGCUUACCCUGCUCCUGCUCCUCCUGUUGUCAAUCUUGGUGAACAUGGAUCAUAUUAUGGCCUUCAAGAUGAGACAGCACCACCUGUGCCUGGAGUUACUGGUGUACAGUCAUCUGUAUUGUACUUUGCAGCUAGUGAGGGAUCUCUAAAUUCUGAUCAGAUUAAAAGCAAUAACAUUACAGUAUCUACCGAUGGAACUGUUUUCUCCACUGUUAACACAGAGUCUGGAAAGAAUCCUGUUCAGGAUUCAGCAUCUGUUUCUGACCAAGCUGCGGCAACCAUCUCUGCGACAACCAUAUCUGCUACACAAGUCAGUUCUAUGUCAUCAAUCCCUACUGUUGCUGCAGCGGCACCUAAAGCCCAACCCAAAGUUCCGAGAAAUAAGAAGCGCGCAGCGAGUACUGUGGUAUCCACACUGAAGUCUAAUAAAAAAGUAUCCAGUUUGGUAGACAAGUGGAAGGCUGCUAAAGAGGAGUUGCAUGAGGAGGAAGAUGAACCUGAAAAUGCUUACGAAAUGCUUGAGAAAAAACGACAAAGAGAAAUAGAGGAAUGGCGUGCUCAGCAGAUCGCCAGUGGAGAGGCGAAAGACAACGCUAACUUCCAGCCUCUGGGUGGUGAUUGGCGUGAGCGGGUGAAGCGCAAGAGAGCUCGCUUGAUGAAGAAAUCUGUUGAGGAUCUAUCAGAGAGCGUCACUAAUGGUAACCAGCAGCCUGAUUUGGAUAGACUUCGGAAGGAUCUCCCGUCUGGGUGGCAGGUGUAUUGGGAUGAUGCAUCAAAGCAGGUGUACUAUGGAAAUUCUGUUACGUCAGAGACAACUUGGAUUAGACCAACUUAGGUUGGAAACAUAUUAAAAUAGUGGCUAUGCAUUACCACUUUGCUGUAGUUUGGAUAAAUGUUAUUGUCCUACGUUUUCUCUUAAUAUAAGGAAUGUCUAUAUGACAAGGUUGGUUUUUUUGGUCGUCAAUUAGAAUUUAUCUUUUCAUUUGUAUUUAACUUGGAAGUUGGAAGUAGUUCAACUUCUUGUAAGCUUUUGUAGUGACUUGUUAGACCUUUAGGACGGGCUGGAAGCUGCUGAAGAAUUGUUUAGCUGUAGCAAAAUUUUAUAUUAUUAUUUUGGGUCCUGGUCCCUGACAACCGUUUGUCAGGGAUUUCUAUUUGAAGGGUCCA